AUCGUUGCUCCUGAGGCGCACUAUAUUACAGAAAGCAUUAGUAUAUGCUACCUCGUCGUCCCUUUUCUUCUCUGAUCGAAACCCUAGAAAUCGCCAUUUCUCGGACGAUGUUGAGGCUCGCAGGACGAAGGCUCUCUGAGCUCUCAUGCCGGCCGACGUCGGCCGCCUCCGCCUUCUUCUCGCGCAAUCCUAUACAUGGAGCUGUGGAUCCAUCCCCAGCCGACGAUUGCCUCUCUCGUUUCGCCUAUCAAUCGCCUAUUGUUGGGUCCAUCAGAGGAUUUGCUUCCGAUCCACUUAUCCCUAGGCAUCAAGAUUUGGGUUUAGUGGAUCUUCCUGCUACUGUGGCUGCUCUGAAGAAUCCAAGCUCAAAGAUCGUUUACGAUGAAUACAACCAUGAGCGUUAUGCACCAGGUGAUCCAAGCAAACGAGCAUUUGCAUACUUUGUGUUGACCGGUGGGAGAUUUGUCUAUGCUUCAUUGCUUCGUCUCUUGAUUCUCAAGCUUGUGUUGAGCAUGUCUCCUAGCAAAGACGUGCUUGCUUUGGCUUCCUUGGAAGUUGAUCUCUCCAACAUAGAACCAGGGUCUACAGUGACUGUGAAGUGGCGUGGGAAGCCGGUUUUCAUUAGACGUCGUACAGAGAAAGAUAUCAAACUGGCCAACACCGUUGAUGUGUCAUCUCUUCGCGAUCCUCAGGAGGAUGCAGAUAGAGUUAAGAACCCUGAGUGGCUAAUUGUGGUUGGUGUCUGCACUCAUCUUGGUUGCAUCCCACUGCCUAAUGCUGGGGAUUUUGGCGGCUGGUUCUGUCCAUGCCACGGUUCCCAUUAUGAUAUCUCAGGUAGGAUUCGGAAGGGUCCAGCACCAUUCAACCUAGAAGUACCUCAGUAUACCUUCUUGGAGGAAAACAAGUUGCUUAUCGGUUGACCCUGAGUUUUUAUCUACACUCUUCCCCAAAAUAUUUUGGUUGAUGAAUGUUUACUGCUUGAUCUCCUGGCAGUUGGAUUCAAAUAAUUCUGUUUCCCUUGGAAAUUUGGUGUGUAUUGAAACAACCUUAAGUAGUAUUUCACCAUCUUGUUUCAGUCAGCAAAAUCUGGAUGAAUGCUGUUGAAUUGACUCUUGUUUUUUAUCUACCUGGUUAACAUGCUACCCCGUUGAUAUCAUCAAAAGGAUUGAUCAUUUACUA